AAGAAAGAGAAAGAAAGAAGAAGAAAAAAGGAAAAAAAAAAACAAAAAGGAAAGGCCACUGCCGUUCUUGUUGACGCUGCCGCCGCCCUGGCCUUCUCUCUAUCCCGCGCGUUCAACUAUCUGGUUUCUCGCCGAAACCCGUCGCCGCCACCCACAAUGCCUACCAGAAAGCGUAAGUCCGAGGGUGUGGCCGUUGCUGAUGAUGUCGACGCGACGCCCGCGAAAAGAGCGCGUAAGCCGUCUUCCGGAUCCGCCGAGUCGCAGCCGGAGGAGGCUGUCUCCCAGCCCACUACCCCCGGUACUGAGAAGAAAGGAAGGGGUCGUCCUCGGAAGUAUCCUCCUGCUCCUCCCAAGGAUCCCAAUGAGCCCAAACGCGGCCGGGGUCGUCCCCGGAAAUUCCCUCUACCUGAUGGACAAACCGCGCCAACGCCUAAAGAGAAAAAAUACCCAGGCAGAGGAAGACCGAGGAAGAGCAUUCAGGCACAAAAUGGGGAUGAGGCGGGCGGUGGUUCUGCGGCUGAGGAAGCAAACCAGGCAGAGACGGACAUCAACGUCGACUCCGAUGCGAGUGGCCGUUCAUAUUGGCUGAUGAAGGCUGAGCCUGAAUCGCGCUUCGAGAAGGGGGUCGAUGUCAAGUUCUCCAUUGAUGACCUACGCAACGCAACCGAGCCAGAAGCAUGGGACGGUGUGCGCAACCCCGUCGCACGAAAUCUCAUGAGAAAUAUGAAGAAGGGCGAUCAUGCGUUCUUCUAUCACUCCAACUGCAAAACCCCCGGUAUCGUGGGCUUGAUGGAGAUUGUCCGUGAACAUUCGGUAGACGGUCUGUCUCCCCUUGCAGCCCCCUCCCCCUUCCCCCGCUGACUAGACCCUUGUAGAAUCCGCCUUUGACCCCAAGCAUCCCUACUACGACGAGAAGUCGAGCCGCGACAAGCCCAAGUGGGACGUCGUGCACGUAGAGUUCCGCCGCAAGUUCGAGGCCACCAUCUCGCUAAACGAGCUCAAAUCC